AUGAUUUAUGCCCUUUUCCUGGAUAAACCGCAUCGUCAGGAGCUGCAGAGACGACCUUUCAUGGGGGAUUCUGCUGCGUCAGAAGAUUCGAUGGAAUACACCGAUCAUUUGGUAAAGAACUACGAGGAUAAUGCUGAAAUGUUAAGACGAUUCAAAAUCUACGAGAAGCAUAUGCGAGAAAUCUCAGAAAUGAACAAAAAUGGUCAGUCUAAUGCCGAAUUCGGGGAGAAUGACCUGAGCGACUGGACUGAUGAAGAGUUCAGAAAGACGCUUCUUCCGCUAUCAUUCUACAAGCGACUACGGGAGGAAGCUUCAUUCAUCAGAAACGAUCCUCCAACACUUGAGCGAGCGGCUCAGAUUCCCGAUUUUUUCGAUUGGAGAGCAAGAAAUGUCGUGUCACCGGUAAAAGC